GGCAUUCGCAGUGCAAUUCAGCCAGUAGUAAACGGAGCAGGGUCAGUAGCUAGCGAGACACGGGAGGCGAAGUGCGUGCUCCUCGUUUGGACUCCAAGCCUUGAUCAGCGGCCACCUAACAGACCAGAGAGCAAUGGCGUUACUGCUUGGGCGGGAGUUUGUGUGGUGGAGCAGUCUGGCCUCCUACAGUCUGGCCACCGCAUGCCUGGCCCUCUUUCUGGCCUGGUUCUUCAAGCGCCAGCAUAAGGUGUGGUUGAUAGAGAAGCUUCCAGGGCCACGCAGUCUCCCCAUCCUUGGUAACGCCCUGGAUGUCAAUGUCGCGCCCAGGGAGGUGUUCCAGACCAUCGUAGGGUCCCUCGUGGUGGUGGGGAGUCCCCUGAGGGUGUGGCUGGGAUCAAGGCCAUUGGUUCUCAUCGGUGAUUGCAGAGACACGGAGGUCCUGCUGAGUAGCCCAAAACACUUGGAUAAAAGCCGUGACUACAGCUUCCUGCAUCCCUGGCUGGGCACGGGGCUCCUUACUUCCACAGGAAGUAAGUGGCACUCAAGACGGAAGAUGUUGACUCCCGCCUUCCACUUCAAAAUUUUGGAAGACUUCGUGGAGGUGUUCAACUCUCAGAGCCACAAGAUGCUGGACAAACUGAAGGGCAAGGCUGACGGCAAGCCCUUCGACAUCUUCCCCUUCAUCACCCUCUGCACCCUUGACAUUAUCUGUGAGACAGCCAUGGGGAUCAACAUUAAUGCCCAAGACAACAGUGACUCAGAAUAUGUGAACGCAGUGUACAGAAUCGGUGCUCUUGUUCAGUAUCGACAAACAAGACCUUGGAUUCAACCUGACUUCCUAUUCAAGCUGUUCGGAUAUGCCAAGCUGCACGAUGAAUACCUGAGGGUUCUCCAUAGUUUUUCAUACAGCGCCAUUGAGAACAGGAGACGCGAAUACCAGUUGGCGAAAGUCAAGGCUAAAGAAAAUGUGGAGGAAGAGGUUAUUGGCAAGAAGCGUCGCCUGGCCUUCCUCGACCUGCUGUUAAAUUAUUCAGAAACACAGACGUCUCUCUCCACUGAGGACAUCCGUGAAGAGGUGGACACGUUUAUGUUUGAGGGGCACGACACCACUGCUGCCGCCCUCAACUGGUCCCUCUACUUGCUGGGAUGUCACCCGGAGAUACAGGCCAAAGUACACGAGGAACUUGACUCUCUCUUUGGGGACUCGGACCGGCCGGUGACAAUGGGAGACCUGAGGGAGAUGAAAUACACAGAGAACUGCAUUAAGGAGGCUUUGAGACUCUUCCCUUCUGUCCCCUUCCUGGCAAGAGAGCUGAGGGAGGAGGCUGUUAUCAACAACUACCGCAUCCCUGUUGGCACCACCGUGAUGGUUGUGACCUACCGCCUGCACCGUGACCCUGAACAGUUCCCUGAGCCUGAGACCUUUGACCCCGAUCGCUUCCUGCCAGAGAACGUUGCCAAGAGACACCCUUAUUCUUAUGUGCCCUUCAGUGCUGGCCCCAGGAACUGUAUUGGCCAGAAGUUCGCGCUGAUGGAGGAGAAGAUAGUGUUGAGCAGCAUCAUGCGUCACUUCCGAGUGGAGAGCACCACCAGACGGGAAGACCUGCGGAUACUGGGCGAGCUGAUUCUUAGGCCUGAGAACGGGAACAUGGUGAAGCUCUGGCCGCGAUCCAUCAAGGUGUAAGGCGGCGGUGUUGGUGGUGGUGGUGGUGAUGGUGGUGGAGAGAGGAAGAGGGAGAUGUAGAGGAUUUGAAAAGUGUUUGAAAUAAUUAUAAGAGAUAGAGACAGGGGGGAGGGGGUAUAGGGUAAAUGAGAACUGUGAAAUUUAAUGAAGAAAGAGAGAUAAGAGAGAUUGAGAUAAGGGGGGUGAAAAGAGGGAGAGGGAUAGAGAAUAUAUGAAAACUGUGUAUAUUAGUGGAGAGAUAGAGACAGGUUGGAAAAGAAAAGGAGAUAGAGAAUAUGAAAAGUGUGGAUAGCGAUGAAAAGAGAGAGAGAGAGAGAGAGAGAGAGAGAGAGUCAUAUAGAUAAUUUUGUGGCAUUUUUUUCUGUACCUGUAAUUUAUUUUUCUAAUUUACAUACACAUAAAAUGCCCUUACAUUUAUUUUUCAUCUACUUCACAAAUAAUUGAAAAAAAAGAACCAACAGGCAAUUUUUUCUUUUGUUUUCUCGACUACAUCAUUCAUUUUAGCAUUUUUUGUGUUUAUUUUCAUUUUUUUUUUCAUAUUUUCUCCCUCCCUUGUGCAAUUUAAACUCAAUCUUUGUAUUAUUAAGUAUUUUAUAAACCUCGCUGUCAUUCAAUAUAUCACUGCUUCUCUCUAGUGUGUAUAUGUAAACACACACACACACACACACACACACACACACACACACAUAUAUAUAAACUUAAGUCCCAUAAUACAUAGCUUUCUUUAGUGUCUUGUACAGAAAUACAUAAUUAGAUGCAUACUUAUCAGGUUGAGUCUUACAUUACUUACAUUUAGAAGCUGAGGAAAUGAUACAGAAAUGUGAAAUAAUGUGAUGUUUUUUGUGGAAGAGAAUAUGUACUGUUUAAAUUGUUUGCCAGCUGCAGGUGUGUUUUAGCAAGCAUGUUUGGCAGGUGUGCAGGGUCUCUUGCUGUUUUUAGUGUGUCAUAAAACAUAAACCUCUCUCUCUCUCUCUCUCUCUCUCUCUCUCUCUCUCUCUCUCUCUCUCUCUCUCUCUCUC